CGUAAAACAUCGCAGUUACUAAAUCAAAAUGAACGAAGACGGUUUACAUUACUCGAAACACUGUGAACUACAGAAAAGAGACGCUGACGUUACGCUUGAACAAUGUUUAAAAUAUUUAAAGUGUCGAAAUGGUGACUGCAUCAUGGAUGUGGGAGCAGCCGAAGGAUCAGUCACUCUGGAGGUACUUUUGCCGAAAUUACCGAACAAUUUCAAGCAGCUUCUCCUUUGUGACAUAUCUCCAAAACUACUCCAAUUUGCGAAAAACCGAACCGACGACGAACGAAUUGACACUCGUGAAAUGGACAUAGCUUCAAGUACGAUUCCAGACGAGUUUGAUCAACAUUUCGAUCACAUUUUCUCAUUUUUUUGCUUAAACUGGAUUGGUGACCGGACAAAGAAUGUCCAGGCAUUUAAGAAUAUAUACGACAUGUUAAAACCAGGGGGCGAUAUCCUUGUCACCAUUGCUAUCCACAGUCCCUUUUUUGAUUUCUGGGAAAACCUGGCCAAAAUCGAGAAAUGGGCACCUUACUUAAAAAAUGUAACAAACCACAUUUCACCAUAUCAAAAAAUGCACAAUCCCGCACAAGAGCUAAGAAAAUCUCUGGAAGUCAUCGGCUUCGUGGUCCACGUGUGUGAAAAACAAGAUAACUUUUACACAUUUCCGUCUUUGUCACAUUUGUUGGAGAUUUCAAAAGCAGUCAAUCCUUCUUGGGAAUUUAUCUCACAGGACGAACGCAACAACUAUUUCCAAGACUAUGAAAAAGAAAUCAAAAAUCACCCGAAGGUGAUUUUUGAAACUGCAACUAAGGCAGAAGGAAAAGUUCGUUUUCCGUACGAGAAGCUCAAUGUUUGUGCUUUAAAGCCUCUGAAAGCAAGAGAAAAUUAACAAUAUGGUAAUAUGGUUGUAGCAGACAAUAGGUGUUUUCAUGGGUUUCAUUGUGAACAGUUUCAAUAAAGAAACGACCGA